CGCAAACAACGACAACAUUACCCUACGGUACGGUACUUCCGGGGAAAAGGGCCGAGUACAGUUCAAAGGCGGACAAUCAUAGUUCAUAUUUUUGCUGUAGGCAGUGAGAAGGAUGCAGUCCAGGAAGUUUCGAGACCCUCCUAAGGUGACAGGACUGUCCCCCAAGGAGGGCCCACCAGGAACCAAACUCACCAUCAGAGGUGAAAACCUAGGGAUCAAUGAAAAGGACGUCUUCAGUAUCAUAGUAUGUGGAGUCAACAUCACACUCCUAGCCGAAUGGAUCUCACCCAGUAAGAUUAUCUGUAGAACAACCAAUUGUAAAGGCCCUGGUGAUGUCAUAGUAUCCACCAAGUCCGGAGGCAUCGGCACUUCCACGGUCAAGUUCAGAGGACUCCAAUUCUUACCAAAUCCCCUUCAAGAUUCAGCCAUUUGGGUUGAUGAAUCAUCAUUGUUUGAGAGAAGACUAAACAGCAUAAGUCGACCAUCAUCACCCCUUCAAUCAGGAAGAGAAGAUCCUCUGGGUCUACCCAUGGAACACACUCCGCAACUUUCUGAUGAAGAAGCUCACCAAAUGUUUCCUAAAGGGAGUAGCAACUUAGCACACAGGAACUUUGAGCCUGCUCUAUAUCUCAUUGAAAGUCACAGUAGUACCAGCUUUGGAGAUCUUAAGAAAGGUUUGGAGCAUUUGAAGAGACAGUCAUCGGGUCUGAAGACUGAAGGACCACAGACAUUCAUCAAAUCAAACCUGGGCACAUUCAUGAAUUGUCAGGACAUUCUAGCAACUAUUCAUGGAGACCUGUGUAGGCAUGAGAACAUCGGCGAUCGGUUGAAAGCAUCCCCCGGGGAGGAAUCUAUCGAGGUAGACGGAGGAGAUGAAGGGAAGGAAGAAGAUGAGAUGGAGAUGAAUGGAGAGGGAGAUGGCGGCCAAGAGAAGACUGUCACUCUGCAGAAGAUUGAGGACUUGCUUAUCAAGGGCAAUGAGAACGCUCAGAAGAUAUUCCAGAGUGUGUUACAUCGUAAAGACCGAGCAGACUCCACCAGGAAUGCCCUCAACGUUCUCAAUAGAUUCAAGUUUCUCUUUCAUCUUCCAAUCACAAUUGAGAGAAACAUCAAGAAGGGAGACUAUGAAGUUGUUAUCAAUGAUUAUGAGAGAGCUCGACAGCUAUUCUCUAAUACACAGGUAUCAACUUUCAAGAAAGUGUAUGAUGAAGUUGAGAAUAGGAUACGUGAAUUACAGGUCCAGCUGCAUGAAAAACUCAUGGAACUUCCAACACCUUUAGACGAACAGAAGAGGCUCAUAAGGUACCUGGUAGAGCUAGGUGGUCCAGGAGAUCCAGCCUGGGAGUGUAUCGUCAAUGAACACAAGUGGAUCCAAGACAUACUAGCAGGAUGCAAAGAUCAACAUAUCCAGAUAGAUCAAAAAGGAUGUGAGAUUGUUGAGCCACCGAGUCAUGCCUCUAAGGUCAGAGGUCAUCGAAGAAACUUUUCUGGGUCUGGUAUUCAAGUCAAAUUUACAUCUGAUGCAAACAUGGAUGGCAAGUUUUCACCCCCUCAGCAAGUGUUGUUCUUAGAAGAGCUAGCUGAUAACCUUCUAUCAACCUUCCCCAACCUCUGGAGGCUUGGUCAAUCCUAUUUCAAUGCAUCUGUUGUAUCAGAGGCUGGAGGCAAGUCUAUGACUGUUGACUCGUCGAAGGAAGCUUCAUUCACUGCCAUGAUGACAAAGAUCACUACUUACUUUGCGGACCUUGUGAGGGCGGCAUUCCUUCCGGAAUCACUUGAGAAGAAGAAUGAGAAAGAGAGAGCUAAACUAGGAGAGUGGGGUGAUAGCAAGAAUGAAGUAGGGGCAGGUGCAUGGCUUCCUCAGUGUGUUCGAUCCAUCAGGUCUGUUCUAAGUACCUUGGUGAAUCUUGAAGUACCAACCCCACUUCUUGAAGUCCUGCACUCAUUACUGGCUGAACUUAGAGUCCACUGUAUGGUCACUCUCUUCAAAGAGGCCACAGAAGAUAUCAAAGCUCUUCAUGGCCGUGAGACCUGGGUGCUACAGAUGGAUGAACAUGGAGGCAUCACAACUUUGCCUACUCUAUUUGAGAGUAUAGUAGUAGACACAUUACAACAUCUCAAGGAAGUGAUCAGCUGUAAUAGCUCCAGUGAAAAGAAGAUCUUUGAUAACAGACAUGUAGAGAGACAGACUGUUGAUUUAUCUUCUGAUAUGCUCAUGGCAUUUGCGUCAUGUCUUGAACAGUUAGCUUUUCUGGGAGAUGAUGGAGACAUGCAGAAAUUAAGAUUAUCUGAGGCAGCAAUGAGAACUCCUGAAUCUCUAUUCCAGUCUCCAGAGGACAGUAUCCCAUCUAUGGAACAGUGUUUGGUAAUUGUACUGAGUAACUGUAGUCAUGUUUCUCAACAUGUCAUCCCUAAUCUGAUUGAGCAGUUCAAGAGACUUGGCUAUCCUAGCACCCAUGAAAUAGAAAAUAUGUCCCAAGAAGCGUAUGCCGAACUUGACGAGAAGAUCUUCGAAGCUUACUGUGAGCAGAAGAUAGAUCCGUUGGUUGGAGCUCUGGAAGUAGGGGUCUAUGCUGGCAACUAUGACUGGGGCAACUGCCCUGAACCUAUAGGAGCAAGUCCGUACGUGAAGGAAGCACUGAUGAAUGCUGUAGCCAUUCACGCUGAGAUCAAUGCCAUAGCUCCUGCCUUCAUGCUUCGUGUGAUGGGGCGUGUCUUAGAAGCCGUAGCGGAUGAGAUGUCACGCAUCAUGAGCUGCGUUACUGGGUCAUUCUGUAGUAAUGGUGCUGUUCAGGCAAGGCUAGAUAUUGGUAUGCUAGAAGAGGCCAUGUCGCCAUACAGGAAUGCAGGAACAAGUGCAUCCUUCAAAGAGGCAUUGUCAGUUGUACCACAAAUCAGGACAGAGUCCCACAAGAGACUUCUCCAAGAACUUCAGGCCAGCUUCCAGCGUGACCUUCAAUUCCUCUUGACCUGUUUCACAACAGACUCCUAAUCGUCAUGGCAGCAAGAUGGCCCCUCUACAAAGGAUAAUCAAACGCUCGGAUCAUACUGAGAUCCAUUCCAGCUUCAUUGGGAUGUCCGUUGUCAUGUUGCCACAAAGAGAAAUUGAAAUCGAAGCCACAAAUGUAUUUUGUUAUAUUACAUAGGUUAUGUAGAUUCAAAUCAAUGAUAGGUGCUAAACAGCAAGAAAUGCGAGGUUAUCUUAAAGAAAAUGAAGUCUCUGAUCGGAUAAUAUAACAGAUUUUUCCUGGCUGCAGACCUCUUCAAACAUUGUUCUUGAGCUCUCCUGUGAUAUCUGUGAUAACAACGCAGACAACCUUGUAUUAUUUGUGUGAGGCCUGGGCCCUACAUGCCCACUGUAGUGAAUGACCUAUGCCCUAGCCUGCGGGUCUUGAUAAAACUCAAGGCUGUGUGAUUUGUUGACAGCAAAACGAUCACAUCAUAGCACUUACCUUUCCUCCCGUCUAUAUAGUCUCGCCACAUCAGCACAUCUUUUGUGAGAUACAUAGUUGCGCGCACUGCAGGAGCCAUAUCAUCACGUCGUUUUAGUGAGAAUAUUAUGACUCUAAAAGGAUUAUAAAACUAUUUUUCCCAUGUCCCUUCCCAGGCUCUGGAGUAUUGAUACUAUUCUAACUAGAAAUUAUGAAGUUUUGCACUCAAGUAAUUUUGGUUUUAUUAACCAAUAAUUUAUUGAACAGCUCCAAUUUUUUUUUCUGAUUUACCCCUGAGCAAAUUUAUGGUAUAUAGUAGUAUAGAUUCAAAUUCUCCCUUUUUUGCAAGGUCAUUUUAUGGCCCUUAAAAGGAAUGAACAUUUUAAAAAUACGGAUGAUAAUUUAUGAAUUCUUUUUUCCCGUAUAUAUGGGAUAAAAAGCAUAUCAAUUUCCAGUGAGGAACAAUACGUACAUGUAUUCGCACUGUUGUCUGUCAUGAUCAGCAGACUGUAAAUCUGUCUAUUUAAUCCUGCCAUGGCUAUUAAUUAUAAAGACGUUAAUCUACAUAUGAAUUUAUGAGUACAGGGUGGAACCAUUAGAGUAGUACAACCUCUGAUAGCCCUGUAUUAUUAUUAUUAUCAUUGUUAUUCUUAUUAUUUGUCUUUUUGGAGAUUGAAAUCCUUGGAUCAAGUUAGUGUGUAUGAAAACAGACUAAGAUCAGUGCAAUUUUUAAAACCAUUGGACAGACAAUAAGAUAAGUUAGGAUUUGUGAUGUCACUGAUUCAAAAAAAAAAUUUUCUUUUUGCACAUUCUUGUGUUAGUAUACAAAUAGCGGAUAGGCACAAGUGCAAUGGUGCGUGAUUUCGCAUAAGGUGAAAGGAAGAUGCUCUAUUCAACUUGAGGCUAACGCCUCGUUGAAUAGAGUGUCUUUUUUUCACCGAAUGCGAAAUGUCGCACCAUUGCAAGAAAAAGAAAAUUUGCUAUUUGUGUUGUACAACGCCUCGGAAGUUAGCGAUAAUACAAAUAAUCUAUUUUUUCCUACGUUUAUCUAUGAAAAUAAAGAAAAUGUUGAAAGCAAUGCGCAUUCAGCCAGUAAGCCUGCAAUGUGUUAAAUUAUAUUUUUAUAGCGACAUCACCUUUUACUGAUCCGUGCAAUGGUACAUUAAGGACGGAACAUUAACCCUAUCUUAACUGGGCUAUUUCAGACCAGUAUAUAUCCCCCCUCAGAUCUCGGCCGCUGAUCGCGUGAUCGCCGCGAAAAUUUGUAUGCACAUAGAGCCAGAUGUAAACUACAAGACUGUAUGGUAAAAUUAAAAAAAAUUAAGCGUACGAAAUUUGCCCUAAAUUUUGUUUUUUGUGUAUGUUUUUGCCUUUAACUCAAUUUAUAUAGCUAGUAGAAUGCUAAUUUUUGUUUGGAGUAUCAAUUAUUACAUUUCUAAUAGAUAUCUACAAAAAAUUUCAAAAAUAUAAUUAAUUUCUAAUGUAUUUUAUUGUUUUUUAAAUUAUGUAUUUCUUUGUUUUUUCAAACCUUUGUUUUUUAUUGGUUUUUCCAAUGAACUUUGUCGGGGACCCUUCUGCGAUCAUAAAUAGCAUAAAAUAAAUCCAUUUAAACCAACAAAAGUAAAAAUAAUCAUACAUCUAUGAUUUUUGGUUGAAAAACACAAUUUGCAUUGACUUUGUACACGGAAUCACGUUUUUGAGCAAUUUCGGGUCCGACAUGCACUUACAAAAUGUUGUGUAAUUUCAGAACCGCGUCCCCGGGCGUCGCAAUUUUGGUCUCAAAAGAUGCGCAAGUAAAAAGUAUGUGAGCGGCGCGAUAAAAAAACUUUGCGCGACGGCGUAGUGAUGAAAUUUGUCGAGGGGGGUCAAAUUGACCCCCCCCCCCCCCAGUUUAAUAAGGGUUUUGGACGGUACAUGUGCAACGGUAGGAAUGUUUGACAUUCAGCCUCCCAUUUGCUUGCGUACAACUAGCUAAGUAGGUGUUGUACAAUGCAAACUUUUUGUCCAUGAUAUAUUUUAUGGAACCUCUAACAUUUCACCCCCCCAAAAAAAAAAUUAAAAAAACCACCUGAUCUAUGGAAAAGCAUGUCCACACUCAAAUGCUCAAUAUUUGUAUCUCUGAUUUUUCCGUUUUCAUGCAAACUAUUAAACUUGUUCUCAGGGUUUUAUUCUCUAACUCAAUACAUUGUCAUUUUACAUGGUUCUUCAAAGUUCAACUUCAUCGGCAAGUCCAUCCUUACAUCAUUUAGUUUAGAUAAAAGCGGAAAUGUAAGAAAUUUCCUUCAAAAAGAUUCAAAAUAAAAGUGGAAUGCUUGUAAAUAGAACCCAAUAAUUAUAUUUGGCUAAUUUCAAAGUUAUUAUGCAUUAUCCAGUAGGGAAAAUGAGAAACUAUCCAUGUGCAAUAUUUGUUUUAUUAAAUAAAAAGUAUAUUAUUAUGUCGCCUAUUAAAUAAAAAUAAAUAUUAUGUUGCCUCAAA